UAAGCCACCCUGUCUUCUACCUCGUACGUUACCACCAUUUGGUCCUCGUCAUCGUUGCGCUAUCAAAAUCACGACUCGUUCGGUGGUCUUCUCCUUUGGUCCCCGGUAGCGCGCGUUCAUCGCGAGGACUUUUUCGUGACUAUCGGUCUCCGUCAAUCAUCAUGAUCAGCGAGACGUCGUGCGUCGCUUGAGUGUAUCCCGAGGUGUUGCCCGUGAAAACGUGCACCCGCGUCAAGUGAACGCUGGUGCCCCUCUAUUGGCGAGUCGCAGCCGGUGCGCGUUUCCCUCGCGCGGCUCACCGUACCCCAUUUCAGUGAUUUCCACCUCCCGGAGGAUGUAAACGCGCGUAAUCUCGUCGGACGGGCUCCAUCCCACCCGCCCUUUUCGAGCUUCAAUGAGGAUCUAAGAUAGGAUAGGCUUGUAUCCUCGAAUUAUUGGUGGGCAUGGAACGCCGUGACGUCAUCCUGACAGCAGUUUUCGGAACAAUCGGUGCUCUCGCAAUUCUAGUAGGACUCGCAUUAGCAAUGUGGCUCUAUCUACGCGCCAGGAAGUCCAAGCAACGGGACGACGAUCUCGAGGACCAAAACGAUAAUGGCGACGGCUCGAGCCAACAACAAUCUACUAAGAAAAAUGGUUUUCUGAAUCUGAAGACACCUCUAAUCAGCACGAAGGCUCUUGGAGCGCAAUUAGAGACGACCGGUAGUCCCUCUAGCAAAUCUCCGGCAGGUGGUAGCGGCGGUCCCGCGGGCGGUGUAGCAGGAGCAACAGCGGCACCAGGAAGCGGCGCCAGCAAUGCCGGAAGUGUGGAACCCCGUACACCAACCACCGGGCCACAGAACAAGCAACUGCAGAAUGUCAAAGGAGAACAUCCCUCGAAAGCAUUUCUACAGAGCAGGUCCAUCUCCUUGGUCGACAUGUACAUUGAUAAUUCGGAACCGAGCGAGAAUGUUGGCCAGAUCCACUUCAGUCUCGAGUACGAUUUCCAGAACAGUACUCUCAUUCUGCGCAUCAUACAGGGUAAAGAUCUGCCGGCGAAGGACUUGUCAGGCACUUCCGAUCCGUACGUACGUGUAACGCUGCUACCGGACAAGAAACACCGACUCGAGACAAAAAUCAAAAGGCGCACGUUGAAUCCGAGAUGGAACGAGACGUUCUAUUUCGAAGGUUUCCCUAUACAGAAGUUGCAGAGCAGGGUAUUACAUCUACACGUCUUCGACUAUGAUCGAUUCUCGAGGGAUGAUUCCAUAGGGGAAAUGUUUCUGCCGCUUUGCCAGGUCGAUCUAUCUGAGAAACCAUCGUUUUGGAAGGCUCUUAAGCCGCCGGCUAAAGAUAAGUGUGGGGAACUCUUGUGCUCGCUGUGCUAUCAUCCGAGUAAUUCCAUAUUGACGUUGACUCUCUUGAAGGCGAGGAAUCUCAAAGCUAAGGAUAUCAACGGAAAAUCAGAUCCGUACGUUAAGGUAUGGCUACAGUUUGGUGACAAGAGGAUCGAGAAACGCAAGACUCCUAUUUUCAAAUGCACCUUGAAUCCUGUAUUUAACGAGGUAUUCUCCUUUAAUGUACCUUGGGAGAAAAUCAGGGAAUGCUCUUUGGAUGUAAUGGUGAUGGAUUUCGACAACAUUGGACGAAACGAACUGAUCGGUCGGAUUCAGCUCGCAGGAAAAAAUGGAAGUGGCGCGAGCGAAACGAAACAUUGGCAGGACAUGAUCACAAAGCCGAGGCAGACCAUCGUGCAGUGGCAUCGCUUGAAGCCCGAGUAAAGGACACGCUUAUCCUGAUCGACGAUAAAUGAUAUUCUGUCGGGCAGAUUCCUCCCCCUCCCUCCUGGGGUGCGUCACCCGUCAAAGUUACAUUAAUGAAACAACUCUUUUUUUCUCCUCUUUUGCUCGAUAUCCUUCACCCGAUCGCAACCGAUCUCGACGAGAGUACCCGUACCCAUCGACGACUGUACAACAUCCUCCUUCGCAUCGCGCGGAGUGCUCUUAGCGACGCUGGUCGUCGGGGAGCAGUGCCGAUUACGUGUUAAUCACGAUUAGAAAUCCGAGACGUUCUCAUUAUCGCCUGUUGUUGAGCUAUCAUUGUGUAUUAACGAGCAACGUACGUGAUGAAUUGUCAUUAUUACUAGUAUAAUGGUGAAUCUGUCAAGCGUUUCGAGCGUGCGAUCGAGCGUUCUAAACGCGUGUUUCGAUGCGAUCGGCUAGGACAUUAGGCGAUAAGAGUGACGAGAUAUGUUGAGAUCUUGCAGAAAUUAAUAGUCGCAUCGACGGCGGCCGCAUCCGCAAGAGGAGGGACACAGCAAAUGGUUACGGGCUGAAGACUCAGUCUUCCGGGCAGCCUCUCCAGGCACAUCAGGUGCCAUUCCUCUUAUUUUCUCAACCUCUUCUUCUCCAUCCCUUCCUCCCAUUUUCUUAUCCGUGUCCGCCUCAUUACCGCCCGGUGCGGUGUUUGACACGGGAUCUGCGAUAUUAUACCGCAGGUAAAAUUGAUCGUUCGUUCCAGGACGAACGACCCGAGCAUUUUGCUCGUCAGUUUUGCGCGAAUGUUUGAUAGAACGUCGCGUUUAAAUCGUCCCGUAGGCGUUUUGCCGGGCUUUUAUAUUGUUUGAGUCUACGCGCGCUCGAAAACACGUCGGAACUGGGAAUAUUAAAAUCAAAGGAGCAAGCAGAUGAAUGAGAUAUGCAUCGCAUUCUUCUACAAAGGAAGAGUGAUAUUUUUGUGGAUAAAAAUUCGCGUUAUUACGACAGUGAUAUCAGUUUAGCAAUGUAAUAGUUCUUGUUGAAAAUUGGUCAUGGAUCGAGAAUCUGCGUACAGCACGAAAUUUUGCUACUGCGACAAUUGACUUGAGGUUAAAGGCGAUAAAACAAUGAUCGACACAUUACGUAUCGCUUUCUUUUACUUGCUCCUUCAACUGUCUAAUUACAAGAGAUUAUCUCAAGAGAAUGGAACCUGAACUGUAAAGCCGGCGAGCUUUCUUAAACAAUGAAUACCACGUCAGCGUAAUGGCGGGGUUACAAAUUGCAUUCAAGACGUUUAUAUUUCUAUUAAACGUUAUUAUUAUGUAUUAAGAUAUAUUGCGUGAACCAGGAUCUGUCGAUAUCGCGAAGACUUAUUGUUUAUAUAACCAAACUUUGAUCGUUAUAGGAGUUAAAAAUUUCGUACAAACAUGCUAUAAUAAACGACGACAAACGAAUCUGCACGUCUGCUUUAUUUAAAUAUAAUUUGCUCGCACUUUAGCAUCUGUAGCCUCAAAAUUACAUGUACGAAAAAUUUCUUGGAAGUUUGCUCCUUCCCGAGGAUACUCCAAUGAAAUUUCCUAAUGACAUAUUUUUAA